AUGAAGUUCUCCACUGUCGCUCCUCUAGCUUUCGCUGCCGCUGUCGCUCAUGCCAGCAACCCAACCCCAAUGCAAUUGGCUGAAUUGAACGCCGUCAUGGAAGACUUGAAGACUAACCUACAGGACUACAUGAACUUGGCCAUGGACCCUAACUCUGGUUUCUCCUUGGCUGACAUGCCUUCCGGUUUGAUCCAAUUGGGUAUGGCCGUCGGUACCGCCACCGAUGACUCCUACACCAGCAUGUACUCCGACGUCGACUUCGCCGGUGUCGACAAGAUGGUCACCAUGGUCCCAUGGUACUCUUCCAGAUUAAAGCCAUUGAUCGACUCCCUAUAUGCCGCUGAAAACCCAGCCCCAUCCACCUCCUCCGCUUCUCAAGCCACCCCAGCUCCAGCUGCUUCCUCCUCCGCCGCCCCAGCCGCCGGCUCUUCCACCCCAGCUCCAGCUCCAGUCUCCUCCGCCGCUCCAUCCUCUUACGCCCCAGCCCCAAUGGUCAACUCCACCAUGCCAAUGGCUAACGGUACCACCACCCAAACCACCACCCACUUGAGCACCAAGACCUCCACCAUCUGCGACGAGGAAUGCCACAAGUCCAUGUCCACCGCUACCGCCUUCAAGAACGUCACCGACACCCAAACCACCACCUACUGCCCAGAGUCCUCUCUAUUCAAGAACGGUACCUCCACCGUCACCAACAUGCACACCACCACCUCCACUGUCUGCGAGACCUGUAUCUCCAAGCCAGCUACUUCUUCCGCUAAGCCAGCUACUUCCGCUAAGCCAGCUUCUUCCGCUAAGCCAGCUGUCUCUUCCGCUAAGCCAGCUGUCACCUCCGCCAAGUCCUCUGCUGGUAAGACCACCGUCACCACUUCCACCAUCAAGGUCUCCUUGACUUCCUCCAAGGCCGCUGCCCCAUCCUCCGUCGUCAUCCAACACCAAACCGUCAACGGUGCCGCUAAGGUCGCUGCCGGUAUGGGUGCCGGUGUCCUAGCUGCCGCUGCUUUGUUGUUGUAA